AUGGGGGUGGAUAAUAAUAUGGCGGAAAUUAUGGAGAUUAAGAAUCGGGUGAGUUUAAAAAAAAAUUUAAAAUUUUGUGUAGUUCUUUUGGAGAAAUUUGAAAUUUCCAGAUGAAAGCCUAUCGUUUCGUCGCCUAUUCGGCUGUCACAUUUUCGGCCGUCGCCGUUCUUUCAGUUUGCGUAACUCUUCCGAUGGUCUACAAUUAUGUGCAUCACGUGAAACGCACUAUGCACAAUGAAAUUGUGUAUUGUAGAGUGAGUUUUGGGGCUGGAGCUUGAGCUAAGCCUAACCUAGGCCUAAGCUACACGACCAUACAAGGCGCCCGUUGAGUCAGACGCGAGACGACGAGAGUAUGUAUUUUGCAAAAAUAUCCCGAAAAUUAAUUUCGCUUCGAGAUAUUUUCAAUAAAACAUGUGUUCCUUGAAAUAAAAUACGGUUUUUUUUCAAAGGGACACAUAUUUUAUCAAAAAUAUCUCGAAGCGAUGUCUCUCUCUGUCUUAGAUGACGUUAUCAGACUCCCGUCAUCGCUCGUCUGACCCGAGGGCAGCCUAAACUGAGCCUAACACUAGCCUAACCCAAGCCUAAGCUAAGCCUAAGGUAAGCCUAUGCUAAGCCUAAGCUUGGUCUGCGCUAAGCCUAAGCUAAGCCUAAUCCUAAAUUUUUCCAGGGAAGCGCCAAAGACAUCUGGUCCGAAGUGCGCACCCUCAAAACCGCCUUGGAACCCGCCUCACACAACAGAACCGCCCGUCAGGCUUACGCCGACGCAGCAGUUCAUGGAGGCGGUGGUGGAGGCGGCAACUGUGAGGCUUGUUGUCUUCCAGGCCCCGCUGGGCCCGCAGGAGCCCCUGGAAAUCCAGGAAAGCCUGGUAAACCAGGAGCCCCUGGGCUUCCCGGAAACCCCGGUAAACCACCAGUUCAACCAUGCGAAGCGAUUACCCCACCACCUUGCAAACCGUGUCCUGAGGGGCCACCUGGACCUCCAGGGCCCCCUGGACCACCAGGAGAUGCGGGAGGCAAUGGAACACCUGGUUCACCCGGAGGAGAUGCUCCGCCAGGAGAAGCUGGGCCAAAGGGACCACCUGGGCCUCCAGGAUCGCCAGGAGCACCAGGAACCCCGGGAAGCCCGGGAGACGACGCGCCCAACGAGCCACUUAUCCCUGGAGAGCCUGGAAGUGCUGGCCCACCAGGACCGCCUGGACCACCUGGACCAGAUGGACAACCGGGAAGCCCGGGAGGCCCGGGAAGUGCGGGACCAAAAGGACCACCGGGAAAUCCGGGAGCUCCGGGAGCCGACGGAAAACCUGGACAACCUGGACCUGCCGGACCAGCUGGUGCCAAAGGAGAGAAGGGAAUUUGCCCGAAAUAUUGUGCCAUCGAUGGUGGAGUGUUUUUCGAAGAUGGAACACGGCGUUAA